GCGGCCCCGGCCGGGCUCGCACGUCUCGUCGGCGGGCCCUGCAGCCAUGGGCCUGGCCCGGGGGUCGCCGCUCCUGCCCCUGCCCCUGCUGCUGUUGCUGGUCGUGCAGACGCCCCUGGGCCGCGGACAGCCAGGAUCGGGAUAUUCACCCCUAGAAGAUGAUGAAGAUGUGUAUUCACACAGUAGAUAUAAAGAAACACCCUGGUGCUCUCCGAUGAAGGUGAAGCAUGGAGACGUGUACUGCCGGGCGCCUCAAGGAGGAUAUUACAAAACAGUGCUCGGCACCAGGUGUGACAUCCGGUGUCGGAAAGGUUACGAGCUGCACGGCUCCUCCCAGCUGAUUUGCCAGUCAAACAAGCGUUGGUCUGACAAGGUCCUGUGUAAACAAAAACGGUGCCCUACACUGACUAUGCCAGCAAAUGGUGGUUUCAAGUGCCUGGAUGGGGCAUACUUUAACUCCAGGUGUGAGUAUUACUGUUCCCCGGGCUACGUCCUGAAAGGAGAUCGAACGGUGACGUGCAUGGACAACAAAGUGUGGAGCGGCAGGCCAGCCUCCUGCGUAGAUCUGGAGCCCCCUCGAAUCCAGUGCCCCAGUGUGAAGGAACGGAUCGCCGAACCCAAUAAACUGACGGUGCGAGUCUCCUGGGAUACCCCGGAGGGAAGGGACACCGCGGAUGGCAUCUUGACAGAUGUCAUUUUAAAAGGCCUGCCAUCAGGAUCUCAUUUUCCAGAAGGAGACCAUAAGAUUCAAUACACCGUGUAUGACCGAGCAGAAAAUAAAGGCAUCUGCAAAUUCCAGGUUAAAGUAAGAGUCCGGCGGUGCCCGCGGCUGGCCGCCCCAGACAACGGCUACAUCAAGUGCUCCAGCGCCGGGGACAACUACGGAGCCACCUGCGAGUUCUUCUGCACCGGCGGCUCUGAGCUGCAGGGGAGCUCGGCCCGCGUGUGUCAAUCCAACUUGGCCUGGUCGGGCACGGACCCGACCUGCAAGGCCAUGACCGUGAACGUGGGCGUGAGGACCGCGGCCGCCCUCCUCGAUCAGUUUUACGAGAAGAGGAGACUGCUCAUCGUGUCCACUCCCACGGCCCGCGAUCUCUACUACAGGCUGCAGUUGGGAAUGCUGCAGCAAGCCCAGUGCGGGUUGGAUCUCCGGCACGUGACGGUGAUUGAAUUGGUGGGGGUCUUCCCGGCCCUCAUCGGAAGAAUCGGAGCGAAGAUUAUGCCUCCGGCUCUUGCGUUUCAACUCCGACUCCUCCUGCGCAUGCCUCUGUACGCCUUCACCACCGUGGUCUUGGACAAGCACGGCACGGACAAAGAACGCUACGUGUCCCUCGUCACCCCCGCCGAGCUCUUCAACCUGAUCGACGCCUUCCCCCUGAGGAAAGAUGAGGUCGUCCUGCAAGGGGAGAUGGGGCAGACGUGCAACGGAUAACCUCGAACCGCCGAGUCCUCUCGGCCUCCCCGGUGCUAACGCGCACAGCAUGGCUUUUAAAAAAAAAAAAAAAGCAAAGCAAAAAAAAAAAUCAGAUGUACAGAUUCUUUUGUAAUUUUAAAAAUCUAUUUUAUUAUGGUGCUUCCUUGCAUAUAGUAAUAUGCAUGAUGCCGUUUGAAUCUCAGAUAGCUUGGAAAGGUUUAUAGACUGUAAGCUCGUUGUGGGCAGGGAACCUAUGAGUUAUUGUGUUGUAUUGGACUCUCCUAAGCGCUUAGUACAGUAUUCUGCACACCAGUAAGCGCUCAGUAAAUACGAUUGAUUUUUGGUUUUUCUCCCCACCCCUGGCCCUUGUACAGACAGAUAAGAUAGCCAUUCCAUUUCAAUGUAAAAUUUGUCUCUUACCUUCUUUUUUUAUAAAAUGUUUAUUAAUAAAAUGUUUGGGCACAAAGUU